CUUUAGUUUCUGGCUCUCUACCAAAUUCUCCUCCUCUCCAGUCACCACACUCUUUGCUCUACAUCCCUGUGUCACACUCUCUCUUCUCCUUCCCUCCCUGUCUCUCUUACUUUAAAAUGUAAAUCUUUCUCUCUCUCUAGCUAGCCAUUACAACUGUCACACCUGCUUCCAUGUUCUCUCUCUCGCUCUCUCUCUCUCUCUUUCUCUUACUCAAAGGACCUUUCAAUCACAGGCCACAACAUUUCAGCAGGUAGCCUAGUGGUUAGAACAUUGGGCCAGUAACCAACAAGUUGCUGGAUCGAAUCACCGAGCUGACAAGUGGGCAUCUUUUGGUGAAUUAGAAACUGUUCGACCAGGAUAUAAAAAAACAGAAGUGAAUCACAGGUGGUUUGAGGAGUUCAUGACCACAAAACUCAAGGGCAUUGACAGACUUGACUCUACACUAAUGAUGACUCUAUAAGACACAGUACCAGUAUCUGCAAUAGAGAGCCACUAUACCUUUGAUCCUGGCAUGGAGGACGCGACGGAGGUGCGCACGGAUGGGAACUCUCUACUCAAGGCCGUGUUCCUGAGUCGACUGCGUCUGACACGCCUGCUGCUGGAGGGAGGGGCUUACAUCAACGAGAGCAACGAGCGCGGUGAGACGCCCCUCAUGGUGGCGUGCCGGACACGCCACACGGACGCACAGAGCGUGCCCAAACACAAGAUGGUUCGGUACUUGCUGGAGAGUGGUGCUGACCCAAACAUCCAGGAUAAGGCCGGUAAGACGGCCCUGAUGCAUGCGUGUCUGGAGCAGGCCGGAGGGGACGUCCUCUCUCUGCUGCUGGGGAGUGGAGCCGACCCCAGUCUGAAUGACCACUCUGGCUCCUCAGCUUUGGUCUAUGCUGUCAAUGCAGGGGACAAGGAGGCCCUGAGAGGCCUUCUGGAUGCCUGCAAGGCCAAGGGCAAGGAGGUCAUCAUCAUCACCACGGACAAGCUACCUUCGGGAUGCCAGAUGACCAAGCAGUACUUGAACGUGCCUCCACCGCCCGACCUGGAAGAGCGCAUGCACUGCACCCCUGGCUCGGCCACCUGCUGCAUGUCCCCCUCAGACAUACAGCUCCGCACCCCUCCACAGGGCUCCCCCGCCAUCACCUCCCCCCAGCCAGGGAGCUCCCUCUUGGGUCUCAGGGAGCACCACCAGCAGGGUUGUGGAAUGGGAACUACCAUCUCUGGUUCUACUGGUUCUGGUUCUUCUCAGCCGGGCUCCCCAACCAGGGACCCUAGCCUGUUACGAGGCCCCAGUCCUGGGGUGGUGAAGCUGCUCCAUGUCCAGCGGCUCCACUCGGAGCCCUGGCUGAAGAUCCCUCCAUCCCUGCUGCUGCAGCAGAGCAAGGCCUCUAGCCUGACCGAGGAGCUGCUGGACAUCACCCCAGAGGAGGAGCUCUCCUUCUGGGUCAACAGCUUGGCCUUGUCUGGGUCCGGAAGGGCAGGGCCCGGGGUACAUCCGACCCUCGCCCGUCACCAGAGCAUCGACGCCAAAGAUGCCACGGGGCUGCUAAGGGCCCUGGAGCAGGUGGCUGGGAGCGAGGGAGGUGGUGGAGGACGAAGGAGAGGCCUGAGUAGGAAGAUGUCUUACGACAGUGCUGCAGCUUCUUCCCACCCCAACCUCUUGCACCGGGGGGACGGAGGAGGCUGCCCCAACUGUCCCUGUGGCGGCCAUGAACCAGCCCUCCCAGUGGACAAAACCUCCCUAGACUGCUGCCUCCCUAACCUGGCCGUGUCCAGCCUAAGGAAUGUAGUCCGCCGCCGAAACAUCGGCAUGGACCACUAUAGCUCUGACUCCCAGCUGCCCCAGUUCGGCCACAGCAGCCACCCAGAGUGUAAUGAAUCCUACAGAGGCAUAGGGGGUGGUGUAGGGGGAACUGAGAAGCGUAAGCUGGUCACCAGCCGGUCAUCCACCCUGUCAGGCUCCAGGGAGUCCCUGGAGAGCACUGCCCAGAGAAGGGGACCCGCAAACCUGGAGAGAAGAGGCUCGGGGGCCCUGCUCCUGGAUCACAUCUCCCACACCCGGCCGGGAUACCUGCCUCCUAUUAACCCCCACGCACCCAUACCCGACAUCGGGGUCAGCCCCACCUCAACCUGCCCCAGCCUGAGUGGGAGCACCAAAGCACUGAAUCUGAAUGGGGGUGUUGUAGCAGGGCCGGGGUCAAAGCUUCUCGUCCCCUGUGCACCUUCCUUCCACAGGGAUCUGAAGUUUAAAACAUUGCUGAGAAGACACUCCAUGCAGACUGAGCAGAUUAAACAGCUUGUCAACUUCGAGGAGCUCUUCAGCCACUAAGACGAACGAUGCUAGCCCGGUCCCAGGUCUGUUCGUGCCGUCUUGCGAACCCCAGGCCUAUAGUCAUUGUUACGCCUUGGCAAAACUGCACAAACAGUUUUGGGACCAGACUAGAACGCUGCAUUUUCUUUGUGUGUCUGACUACUUUGUGCCUCGCUUCCUAUAUCAAGCUCUGUUGCUGCUGUGUGACCAUAACAUUGUUAACAAAGAACUUGUGCCUUCUUACUAGAAGUGUAUUAUUGCUCAUCCCAGCUUUUUCAAUGUGCUUAAUUACACUUCCUUUGACAACCAGACUUGUAAUUCCAUCAAGCUCAGGAAGGAAUAGAGGACUUACGAUCGGCGCAUCAGAACCAUCGGUAACACAACAGCUCUUCUUUGAUCAAUUGAUACAUUCAUAUCCGUUUGAAGUCUGAGAGCAGAAAUCUCGUGGUACUCCUCCUCGGGACAUCUAACAACAGACAGAGAUGCUUUUAAACACAUGGAAUGAACUGGGAUGAAGGAAUCCUAUAAGGACAAAAUAAUUUACUCUUCAAAGGGAAGGGGGAGUGAGUCAUUCUCUGACUAAAUCAAUGACUGCGGAAAGCAAUGGAUUGGCAACACAGCACAAACACAUCUGGGACUCAGGCUAACUCCUCUGACUGUGGAAGAUCUAAGUCACUAAGGAAAAUAUUAAUAUGUGUCAGUGGAAAAAACGAAACACCAAAAAAUGUAAAUAAGACAGUAAAGAUUCUUGAACACAAGCAUUAUUUGCUGAGUAUUUAUUCAACGCUGCUGUUUUGUACACCUUUUGACGAGCUAGGUGUUGUAUUGCCUUUCAGUUGUUCUGUUGUGCUUCUUCACUGCUAAUAAACUGCUUU